AUGCCGUGGACUGAUUCGCAGAGUUGGCCAUCGUCACUGAUGGGGCCAACGCCUUUGGCAAUCGGCGUUGCUAUACUCCUCGUUCUCUCUGUCCCUUUGUUCCUUCAUCUAGUGAUCUACCGCUCCACCUCCUCGACUACCUUACCCUCAUUUCUACUCGUUGGUCCUAGUGGCGCUGGGAAAACAGCGCUGCUCACUCUUUUCGAAAGAGGCCAGCACGUUGAAACCCGCACCUCUCAAGUCCCCAUAAGCGUCGAAGUGUCCCUCCCCGUGUCUACGAAUGCCGCGUCCUUGAAAUACAGAUCGGUCAACGAUCCAUCUAAUCAAGUCCACAAAAAGUUCCUACUCGCCGAUACUCCAGGACAUGGGAAGCUACGGCACUACGCUUUCGACGGCGUCAUCAAGCCACAAAAUCUGAAAGGCAUUAUAUUCAUGGUUGACGCCGCGGACAUAUCCAUGGGCAACAGUGGCAGUGGUAACGAAGCUCUUCGCCAGGCAGCAGAGUAUCUCCAUGACAUACUGCUUCUGUUGCAAAAGCGAUCCACCAGUUCGAAGACCUCAAAAGCUCCCAAAGAGCUGCCGGUCCUCAUUGCUGCAAACAAGCUAGACCUCUUCACAGCUCUCCCAGCUCCUCUGGUGAGGACGGCCCUAGAAUCAGAGAUAUCUAAUGUGCGGAGUUCAAAGACCAAGGGACUGUUGGACUCCGGGAUUGGGAUGAAUGAUCUAGAUAUUGGGGAAGAAAAAGAGUGGCUCGGUGAUGGUGGCGAUGGCAAAUUCGAGUUUUCACAGAUGGACGAGGUCAACGUUGCUGUGAGCGUAGCCGGUGGUAACGUUCUCGGUGCAGAUGGCCAGGAUGACCACAGCAACACUAGUCCAGCACCCCAGAGGCAAAACAGCAUGUUUCCCAACAUUCUCUGCCUCAUUCUCCACCUUCCUCUCCUCAUCCUCGCCUACCCACCCGGCCCUCGCUACACUACUUCACCCAUCUCCGCCAUCGCCCGAUCCAUCGACCCACCCCACUCGGCCAUACACGCUCCCACAGGCGACACUCUAAACCGCACCGCCUGCUUCUGUGCAUCACGGACCUGGGCCAUGGAUCAAACCUACGGCUUCUACUACAUGAUCAGGUACUACAACGCUCACCUCGACCACACCUACAUCCUCGAACCAGCGUGCCAAUCCAGCAUUUCCAUCAACGUCCAAGACGAGUACGAUCCCAACGACAAACCUACCCUUCAAAACGAAUGUUUGCGCUCCCGUUUUCAUGAUCCGGUCGAAUAUUGCACCGGGAAGGACACUGACGAGAACACAUUCUGCUAUACCCUGGCUGGUGGGCCGGAUUACGAUACUUGGCGGUUUAACGGGCAGCAUAGGACAGGACUGCCGCUAGAGCCGGAGGUCAAUUACUCUUCAGAUGUGGUGGAGGAGGUGUGUGAGGAGUCCUGUAAGGAAAGCGUGGGAGGCAUGGAGAUGUUGAGUGGAGAUGCGUUGGAGGUGCUUGAGGGGUAUUAUAACCUUGUUGGGGAGAGGCUGGAGAGCAGUGUCGUUUUCUACCCGUCUAUUCCUGACAUGUGCAAGGGCUGCAAGUAG